UCCCAGGUUCGGAGCCGAGGCUGGAGUCUGGCCUCCGUCCCCGCCCGGAGACAUGCUGCCCGUAGCCCCCCAGCCUCACGCCGCCGGCUUCGCCGAGGCGCUACAGAGGGGAGAUGCCGAGGCGUGCGCUCGCUGGCUCCACCGUGACCGCGCUCCGCUCAGCGCCAGAGGCUGGAACGGGUUCACGCCCCUUCACCACGCCACCUACAGAGGGAACAAACAGCUGGCGUUCCUCUUCAUUGACCACGGAGCAGACCUCAACGUGCCGAGCGACGCGGGAGAGACCCCCUUCCACUUUGCGUGCAGGCGUGGGCAACUGCACAUCAUUCACCGGAUGGUGAAGGAAGGAGCUAACGUGCUGGCUCUGGAUGACCAGGGGAAGUCUGCGCUGCAUCACGCCGUGUGUGGUGGGAGCAUAGCCACCAUCCGCUAUCUGGAGGAAAUGGGCCGCUUCAGUUUCCGUGACACCGACAAACUCCAGUUGACUCCCCUGCACAUGGCAACGAUAACGGGCAACGAUAACGUAGUGAAGUAUCUGCUGAGAGAGGCGAGAUGCCCGGCGACAGCCACUGAUGCCUUGGGUAUGACUCCCAUGCACACAGCCGCUCACACAGGAGCUUCAACCAUAUGCCUGCUCUUUAUGAGGGUCGGUGGUUUCUCAGUGCUCCACGUGCGGAAUAAGGACGGACGCACGCCAAUAGAUCUCGCAAACCAAGGAAGUACCUACAGGCACAAGGAGACGGCAAAACUUUUAAAUAAGUUCAGUAAGAAACCACAGAACAGGAAGCCUGAGGAGCCCAUUGGUCUGUACUAUGGCUCCCUGCUUUUCCCUGGCAUCUCCAGUUCACUUGUGUUUCUGCUGGCCAGCUACUUUGGAAACUACGGUGGGAUCUUCAGUGCACUUUCCUUCGCCUUUCUGGCUAAGACAGUGUUCUUUCAGUACCACCGAACCUCCACUUUAUCCAGGUUACCCAACCCCAUCUACCUGGGGACCUUUGCUUCUGGCAUCUUCCACUCUUUGUACUGCUUCUAUUCUAAGAUCCUCCCAGAGUUGUGGCCAGCAAGUCUACUGCUCUUCGCUAUGACGGGGCUGGCCUCUCUCCUGCUCUGGAUGUUGAAGGAACUGUUAACCAGGGACCCCGGCCGAAUGGAGAAAUCCGACUGUGAGCCCACGUACUCGACUGUCACUGAGCUAGUUGAAGCGAAUCAAAACCCUUCUAGUUUCUGCAUCUACUGUGAGAUCAUCCAGCCCGAGGGAGCCAAGCACUGCAAGCUGUGUGAAUCGUGCAUGGUGAACUUCGACCACCACUGCCUUUUCCUGAUGACCUGCGUGGCCAAAAGCAACCGCCGCCUCUUUGUCUUCUUCAUCAUGGAGGUGCUCCUCACCCACCUGGUCUUCGCCGCCUCUGCCCUCUACUCCCUGUGGCUGCGCUACGGCCUGGAGCUGGAGGUUGUGUCGGCCGUGCUGGAGGUGGAGGCCUGGGUCCUGGGACUCGCCCUCAUGAACCUGGCCACCGCCGUGUGGGAGAUGGUGCUUCUCAAGGACCAGCUGGACACCAUCUCCAUCUGCUCCACCACCACCUUCAGGGAUAAGACUGGUGCCGCCUCCUGCACGUGGGAACGUCGCUGCAAAAAUGUCUUUCCUUUCUCCUGGCCGGGAAGGGUCUGCAGAACAAAUUCCGUGGCGGAUUUUAAGCUGAGGCAGCAGCCAUUGUUCGUUGGGUCCUGCCUGGAGCAGCGAAGAAACGAGUAGCGAUCGAUACGAGCUGGUAGCCAUUUACCUGGGAUUUCUUCACCGACACAAAUCCUUUUUGCCAAUCUCCGAGUUGUGAGCUUUUUGGUCUAUGCGUAGUUCCGCUCCCCAAGGGAAGAAAGGCAGUGAGCAGAGCGAGAUGAAAGGGGAAGAGGUUAGACAGUGGGUUUGUACGGAAGGACUUGUUCAUUUAAAGUUUUGUUCAAUCAAGUUUCCACAAGAUCUUCACAUGCAUCUCCUGUCUGCUCUCCGAGCACGGCUGUUCUAUACCUACUGAGGUCUACGUGUUGUUCAACGUAGGCACGACACAAACGUGUCAGUAAACGUGUCAGAAUGCAGCACACGAGAGUGUCUGUAAAUGCGGUGUGAUUGCCUCAGUGCACAGAACAAAACCCUAACUGCAGACUUUUUGGACAGGUUCAACAAGAAGCCACGUGGCGUAGGAAAGCACAAAUAGCGACCACACUCUGGUUUCAGAAAAUAGGGAAGCAGUGAGCUGAAGUGAGAGUUAGGUUGUUUUUAAGCAAAUGCUAAAAUCAGCUGAUAAGGCCUAAAAUAUCUCGGCUGAUCGCUGUUUUCGGAGGAGACUCUGCGAUUUUGCGGAGACCACAAUUUAGAUUUAUGCAACACCUUCGAGACACUUAGGAGGCCGCCUUAGAGGGCUUGACAGGGAUGAAGUUUUAGCCUCGGUGUUUAGCUUUGGGGGAAGUGAGGCGAUCACUAAACCACAAGGGCCAAACGUUGAUCAAAAACUCUGUCUUAAGCAUGUGGAGCUUUUUUUUUCAUGCUUUGUGACAACUCAUAGCCUUUUUUUAAACUCACUUCAUCUAAUGAUCUUGACACCAUCGUGUUGUGCCUACUGUUGCACCUCAGUAGGUUUAGAAGUGCAGGUUUUAUCCCUUUCCUCCAAAAUGGUGUGGGUGUGCGUGUGUUUGUGUGUGUGGGGGGGGGGGGGCGGGGAAGGGGUUAGUAAACUUGCAGAGAGUGGGGUAGCUCUGAUUUCUUUGCAAUCUGCCACAAGUUUCACUCACACGGCACCUCGCGUUGUAGGAGACUACAGGAGACGGCUUUAGAAAGAACCGGGUGGGAGGUGGGAAUGGGGGUGUGGUGAGGGGUUGGUGGGAGCAAAUGUGGUCAAAGAAGGUUUUUAAGACGGAUUUUUGAAAGCGGAGGAAAGAGCGACAUUGAGGGGUUUUGGAAGAGAAUUCAGUGGUGGUGGGG